AUGGCUCCUGAAUUAGCAGCCACAUAUAACAGCAAAGGCUCUUUGUCAAUGGGAGCUGCAAGAACUGGCGGCUCAGAUAACUGCCUCCUCAAAUCCUCAAAAGCAGCAUUAGCAGCAUUACUCCAGGCAAAGGUGUCUGCCUUCUUCAUCAGUUGGUACAGCGAGGUGUACGCCGGGUGGCUUUUGCUGAAGGUGACACUCGGCAAAGGCGUUGCCGGCAGUUUUUUGGCCUUUGCCGAGUGUCCGUGGCACUCAGCGUAUAGGGCGAUUCCAGUAGUGUUGUUGGGCGCUACAGAGGGAGCUGAUGUAUCUUUUAUUGUCAAGCAUGAGGUUUUCUCAGCUCAUAAGAUCAUUCUCGCAAUGUGUUCAGCGGUCUUCUGGGCAGAGUUUUACGGUCCAAUGACGGACGAACAAAGGUGCAGUGUAACUGUUGAAGACAUGCAACCCGAUGCUUUCAGAGGACUGCUUCAUUUCAUCUACAAGGAUUCGUUGCCUCGGAUGGGUGACCUGAAUAAUGACGAGUAUGAAGAAAUUCUUAGGCAUUUGCUUGUCGAUGCAGAUAGGUAUGCCAUGGAAAGGAGGAAAUUGAUGUGCGAGAGCAAGCUGUGCGAGGUUCUAAGUGCCGAGACUGUGGGUACCACGCUAGCUCUAGCCCACCAACGCCAUUGCAGCCAGCUCAAAGAUGCUUGCAUUGAGUUUAUUAUGAACUCUUCGAAUCGAAUGGUCGAUGUGGUGGUGGCAAGUAAAGGCUAUGAGACCCUGAAAAGGGAAUGCCCUACUGUCAUUGCGGAUAUAUGGGAGAAAACAGCUAAGAGACGCAGACUUUAA